ACGCCACUCGCACGCUGGUCACACCGAUUUUGUAAAUGCAAAAAUUGAGUAUGUAUAAGUAUUUACCAUCGUGUCGUUAUAGGAAAAUUAAAAAUUGUGUCAUCUCGGACCAAGAUAAAUGUUGAAAAGCAAACCAAAGUGAAUCAUAGUGUCUCCAAAUUGGGCAUAAACACAUUCGCAUAUAUAUAUACGUAUACAUGUGUAUGCACACUGAUUAGUGCGCAGAUAUAUGAAGAAAACAUUGAGAAAAAAAGAAGCAAAACAAUCGGAUUCAUUGGAAAAGCCAUUUGAACGCAAUCCAAUUAAAAUUCAAGUGUAUUUCAACCGAGCUAUGUAGUCGUAUUCUAUUAUGUACGAUUGUAGAGCAGCCAGCGAAUAAUCGAAUCGAGUUACAUCAAAUCCUGGUGGGUAUCGCCAACGAAAAAUGCUCGAUGCUCCAUGGAAAUAGCAAAAUGGCAUUGGCAAUUGAUUGUGCUGAUUACAUACGACCUGGAAACUUGCCCAUUUCGAAAUCGGAUGGGCAGUUAAGUCAGUGAAUUAUUGAAUCACUUGAAGACACACAAAAUACAAAUACGAACUGCAACCCUCUCGCCAUGUCGGUAACAUCUUCGAUUGAAAAGCCAACAACCACAGCAAGUGCAAUUCAGCAACAACAACAGCAUCAGCAGCAGCAGCAACAGAAGCCACAACAGCAACAACAGCAGCAGCAGCAGGAUAAAAGCAACACCAUCGCAAUCGCAGCAGCAGCAGCAGCAGGGCAGCAACAAAAGCGCAAAUCCCUGAGUUCCAAGCGCUCGUACUCGCUAUCCUCGUCGAGCGCCUCCAGUUCUGGUUCCUUUGGGGCGAUAAGGUCUGCGACGUCGCCACUGGUCACCACCGCCGAGAGGGAGAAAGAUAAGGAGAAGAGCUCCUCCUCGGCCAGCAAUAGCCACCAUCAACAUCAUCAGCUCCAUCAACACCAUCACCAUCAUCAGCAGCAGUCGCAGCAGCAGCAAUCCUUUUUGCCGUACUCAUAUUGCACCGAUACCAUAGCAGCCGUACAUCAUCAGCGACAGUCGUACGCGCUGGUCCAGAAGCCCCCAUCGUUGCGCUACCAGGGAAAGCCCCAUCAUCAGCUGAGCAACUUCUCGCCCACGAUGACCUCCUCGGAACCCUCAUCCCCAUUGGCCGCCGAUGGUUGCGGAUCCGGAAUCCUUAGCCCAUCGGAGGUCGCCACCCAUUGUUGCGCCAAUGUCAAGGCCAAUAUCACCACCCCGUUGGCCACCACCACACAGAAAAUGCACCGAACAAUACCAUCUGAUAAAAUUAACCUACGCCUCAUUCUUGUUAGUGGUAAAACAAAAGAGUUUAUUUUUAGCCCUUCAGAUUCCGCAGGUGAUAUUGCACAAACAGUAUUUGAUAAUUGGCCAGAAGAUUGGACCCACGAAACUGUGUCGAAAGCCGAAAUCUUGCGCUUAAUUUAUCAAGGUCGUUUUCUUCAUUGCAAUGUAACCUUAGGAGCACUGGGACUUCCAUUAGGCAAAACGACUGUUAUGCAUUUAGUGCCACGUGAUAAUUUGCCAGAGCCCAAUUCACAAGAUCAAAGACAAAAUAGUAAAGGCGGUUCUGGACGAUGCUGUUCGACAAAUUGCUCUAUUUUGUAACUAAAUUAUUAUAUAAUAGCGUAAUAUUUAAACUAAUUUGCAUUAAAAGAAAAAGAAAAAAAAAAAACCCACAACCGAAAUAAAAACAAAUAUGAAUGUAUAAAUUACAUUUUUGUGCAGUCAGAAGUAUAUUUAUUAAACUAUAACAAUGUAUGUCUGGAUCAACAAGGCGCUUUGUUUCAAAUAUUAAUGUACAUACAAUAUAUAUUUUAUAUAUAUACCACACAGGAAUUCAUGAGCAUGUGCAAAAUGCGUAUACUCUGUAUUAAAGUUGCUAGACUGCAUAUUUAUAACAUGUAAUAUACGAAUACAAUGCUAAUUGCUUUUAGAAACCGGACUUGUUAACCUAAUUAGAGAAUGGGUAAUUACAACACUUAUUUCAAAUAUGUCGAAAAUAUUGAAAACUAAUUAUGUGCAAGAAUAAGUAAUUUUCCCUUUGCGUUCUGCUUUUAAGUGUGCGUCAACCGAAAACUAAAUAAAAUCAGCAAUUACUUGUCAGAUCGAUUCUUUAAUGCGUUAAAGAAUAUUGAAGCAAUUUUUGUUCUGUAUAUAUACACAUUUAAUUAGAACUUAAGUGUUUUCUUCUGUUAAGUUUUAAAAUAUUAUCUGUAAAGUCUAACUUAAAGUCAAUGAUAAAUAAAUAAUCUAAUAUAUCCUUAA